CCCAUUUAAACACCAAACUACAAUCCACCCUCAUUUAUAGCUUGAGAUGUUGCUUCUCGGUUUAACAGGCUCGAUCGCAACGGGCAAGUCCACGGUGUCCAAUAUCCUUCGUGCACCACCAUACUCAAUCCCUAUUAUUGAUGCCGACGUCAUUGCCCGUGAAGUCGUUGAGCCUGGCACCUCGGCCUACGACAAGAUUGUCGGCUAUUUCGGCGCAACCACGCCUGACCUUCUUCUCCCCAAAACCGACGAUGGCAAAGGGCGGCCAUUGAACCGUCCUGCGCUGGGGCGCCGAGUCUUUGGGGAUACUGACGAGCGGAAGAAGGAUCGGGCUGUACUGAACGGGAUCGUGCAUCCUGCCGUCCGUAUGGAAAUGUACCGGCAGCUGCUGAGGUGUUAUCUGAGAGGCUGCUGGGCGGUCGUCCUGGAUGUGCCGCUGCUGUUUGAGAGCGGGCUGGACACGCUUUGCGGUACCGUCAUGGUUGUUGCGGUGGGGGAUCCGGCAAUACAGAUGAGGAGGCUUCGAGACCGGGAUGCGCACUUAACGGCCGAGGAUGCAGAGAACAGGGUGCUAAGCCAGGGCGAUAUCAGAGAGAAGGCGAAGAGAUGCGAGGCAAGAGGCGAUGGCAGGGGGGUCGUGGUGUGGAAUGACGGUGGCAGAGAAGAGCUCAAGAAGGAGAUUGAAAGAGUCAUGUCAACCAUCAUGAAAGGGAGCCCGAAGUGGUGGGCUUGGCUUCUGCUACUGGUGCCUCCGCUGGCGGGUUGGGCUGGGCUGUGGACAUAUUACCGGAAUAUGAAGGUCAACAAGGACUGGAGACAGGCUGAGCUGGAGAGCAAAGCAAAGUUAUAAUCGUAUGUGGCGCUUCUUUUACAAACAUAUCUGGUUUCGGAUUUAUCUUCUGUAAUAUUCUCUUCGAAUGGUUUCAUGCGACCAAAGGCCCAUUUUGUUUCCUCCCUCUACAUUGUACGCGAAGGAUAUCAUAUCAUAUGUGAAAUACAAGAC